UUUUCAGCAUUCUCCAAAGUCGGCUGGUAUGAGGGCCUUGUGGAACAUUAUAUGUCAGCUGUUCCUUCGGUGACAGUCGCCAACACCACCUGCCAUCUACCUCGUAGUGAUGCCUUCCGCUUGUUCAGAGACCCAGUGUCCGGGGAUUUACCCUGGCCAGGUCUUGUGUUUGGGCUUACUGUACUGGCUACAUGGGUCUGGUGCACAGAUCAGGUUAUAGUACAGAGGUCCCUGUCAGCCAAGUCUUUGUCUCAUGCCAAAGGAGGCAGUGUGUUGGGAGGCUACCUCAAGCUGCUGCCCAUGUUCUUCAUUGUCAUGCCAGGCAUGAUCAGCCGAGCACUUUUCCCAGAUGAAGUAGGUUGUGUCGAUCCAGCAGUGUGUCAGAGUGUGUGUGGUGCUUCGGUUGGUUGCUCCAACAUCGCAUACCCUAAACUAGUGGUGGAGUUAAUGCCUGUGG